AUCUUCUCUGACAAAUCAUCAAUAGCCAGGAACCUGUAGCAGGCACACUUGAAUGCUCCCACCCACCGACAUUUUACAGAAGUUAAAAGUUCCUUUUUCAUUUCACCGGCAAACAACAACGAGGCCUCGUUCAGUUUGGCUUUGCCUGACAGAGCAGCAGGCCUACGAGCGCGGCUAAGGUCACAAGCUUCUGCUAUACAAUAAGAGUGAGGGAGACAUUUUUUUUUUUUUUGGAGUUGGUUUUCGUUGAGUGAGAGGAAAUUUUGAAACAUUGUGCAAUGGUGCCACAAAAGUUUUGAAAGGUUGUGAGAGCGUUUUUGCCAGCAAAGCGUCUGAGAGUCGGGUCGCUGGAGAAGAGGUCUCCAUGUUGCAUCCGUACAGAAUGGAGAGCUACCUCAUCCCUCCUCACACAGAAGAAAUGUACGAGUCUGACAUCUACAGACAUCAAAUUGCAGAAUAUUAUAAUCCAUAUGUAUUAGAUCCUGAUAUCCAGGCAGAUCACUGGGACUACCAUUCGCACCCGCAUGUGCACCCUGUCGAGUUUGAAAACCUCCAAGAGAGCAACUUCACAGAGCUGCAGAGUGUCCAAGCUCUGCAUCCGCCUGGGCUCAUCCGACACGACGCCCUGCGAUUCGACCCAGAGAACCUCCUCGACCCAAACCUAGCCACACAUUCACAUGUGCUGCAGCAACCAGUAGCCUUCUUCUCUCGAACUGUAUAUCCGCCCCGUAUAUCCCAACGCAGCUCUGAUGAUGAGGACCACGGAGGAAGGAGUCCCCCGCUUGAAGUGUCAGAUGAAGAGUGCUUGAGAGAUCGAGUCCCUUACGUCACAUCAGCAGAGCUCGGUAACAAAAAGAAGAUCCGUCUGUACCAGUUCCUGUUGGACCUUCUAAAGAAUGGAGACAUGAAGGACAGUAUCUGGUGGGUGGACAGAGACAAGGGGACAUUUCAGUUUUCCUCUAAACACAAAGAGGCCCUCGCACAUCGCUGGGGAAUCCAGAAGGGAAACCGGAAAAAAAUGACAUAUCAGAAGAUGGCUCGCGCCUUGCGCAAUUAUGGCAAAACAGGCGAGGUGAAAAAAAUCAAGAAAAAGCUGACGUACCAGUUUAGUGAUGAGGUUCUCGGGAAGAGUCAUCUGGAGAGAAAACCUUACAUGUAGACUGUAAAGAUUGUUUCUGGUGUAUCUGUUGGAUAGCAUUAUAGAAAUGAAAAAGAUGAUGCUGUACUGUACCAGUCUGGUACUUAUGCUAGCCAUCCCGCUUUCAUGAUCUCCUGACUCGAGAAUAUGAGAAUAUGUGGAGGGAAACCACUUGCUGAAAGUUUUAAAGAGACCUUUAGAGGCCAAACUCAGUGAAAUGCAUCAAAUAAGAAGCAUAAAAAAGGGUUGCUUUAUCAAAAUGAAAUAAUUAAUUUGACAAUUGGGAGUAGCUUCUAAGUGAAGUGUUAAAAAGACAGAAAAUAAAUUACAUAAAUGAUUAAAAUACAACUUCUAAGCAAAAGCAACCAAAGCUAUUAAAAAUACAUUUUGUUCCUCUUAUUUCCUGUAAUGCAUUUUUUCCUCUAUUUGCCUUUUUAUUUAAGAAUACUUAAUAGACUUGCCCAUAAGGUUUAUUGAGGAUCCUAUGGUUAAGUCGUAAGACUAAUUUUAUGUCUGCAGCUAAUUUGUUUAUCUUAUGACAGUCACUCUGUCCUUCUUUACCUGUCUGAAUGUUAUUAGGUUGUAGAUUUGUGCAUUAAUAAGAGCAGCAUCAAUUUGAGUAGCAGAAGACCACCACAUUUUGUUGGGCCUUGCUCAUUUUCUCCACUUUCUGUGACUCUUCUCGUUUUUCAUAUGAACAAGUUCUCUUAGUUGUGUAAAUUUACUAUGUCUAUGUAGCCUCUUUAUAUAAGAAGGUUAGUAUUUAAACAGCCUGGAGGCCAAGAGAGGGAUAAGUGUAAAGACAUCCUCUGUAUUCAGGUAAUAUUGUGCCUUGUUAUAUUCCAAUAAUUGUACAAACUGUACUGAAAAUUGCUUGUAAAGAAUAAAUUGUGCAUUAAUUAC